AUGAGUGCUCAAGUAUUAUUUCGGGUGAAAUGCUCAACAGAAUUUAGUUAAAUGGUGAGAAUCGUUGGAAACACUCCAAAAUUAGGGAAUUGGAAUCCAUAACAAGGAUUUAAAUUAAUAACCAAUAAUGAAAUGUAUCCUAUUUGGUAUGGUGAUUAUGCUUUGGAAGUUGAACUAAAUUAACUAGUCGAAUUCAAAAUAAUAAUCACUGAUGGGUGCAAUUCUUUUUGGGAAUGUGGCGAAAAUCGAUCUCUUUAAAUAUAGGGAUAGAAAUUAGUGGUUGUUUUGACUUACAACUUGCCAUCCGUCUUUAUUUACAACAUUAAAAGAAUAUUUUCUGACUCUGAUCUCACUACAAUCGCUUAAGGAAGAACAAGAAAAGUUUCCAUUUAACUGAAAGACAAGUUAUAUGAUUCAGACGAUGACUCAGAUUCAGAAUAAGACAGUGAUGUAAAUUCCUUAUUUUAAGAUGAAAUCAUUUCAUGUAAUUCAAAUGAAACCAUUUCAAAUUCUCCAAAUUCUUCUCAUUUCGAGCCAAUCUUUUAGCUCGCCUCCGAACUGGGAACAGGUGAAAAUUGAUUUUGCUAAUCUCCACAUUAACUUAAAUUAAUAUAGAUAAGUUCUAUUUUUAAAAGUAUUAACUUUAUUUGAGUAAUUUCAGAAUUUCAUUCUCUAACAUUUUCUCCUUGAAAAGACAAAUUAUUUGCCUUAAUAACAUCAAUCAAUCUAAAUUAUCAGUACUUUUUAAUUGUUAAUCUCUACACAUUUUAAUUAAAACUAAUUGUAAUAUUCUAAACAAAUUUUCAAAUAUUACCAAUUAAAUGAUUUAUCAUUAACUAUAUUUAUUAAAUAAAAAAUAAAAUUUAUACAUUCAUUUUUAUAAAAA